AGAAUGCUACCAUACAGCUUGAAAGUUAGUGGAAGUCGGUAAUUUUUUCGAGUGAAAAAAAGACUAUCUAAUACAAUGGAGACCAAGUCGAAUUUCCUGGGUGUAGAUAAUAAAGCUUUUGAAGAGGAAACAAUAGAAGGGAAGAAAAAACCCUGCAUUGGUGGGGAAACCGUACUCUCUGAAGUGAAGCCCCAGCAGCCUCGCCCCACGACCACCGCCGACGAGCUAAAGGACACUGGGUACGCAUGGCUGGUGGUGGCUGUGAUGUUCCUGUCGAACGUCGUCACCGCCGGGUACAUCAAGAGCUUCGGCGUCAUCUACAACGCCGUCGAGAUCGCCUACCCCGACACGUCUGCCACUGCAGGAGGUGUCGUGGUCGCUCUUCUCUCCGGAUGUAGGAACGGCUUGGCACCCGUGGUAGGGGCCGCCGCGGUCCAAUUCGGGGCGAGACCGGUCAUGAUCUUCGGGAUUGUCCUUUGCUCGGGCGGCCUGUUUGCUUCCUUCUUCUGCAACUCCGUCGCCACCCUCGCCAUAACGCUGGGGGCCAUGAUGGGUACGGGCAUGUGUGCCGUGGAGACCUGCCAGAUUGUCGUCAUGCCAGAAUAUUUCCGUAACAAAAAAGAGCUCGCAAAUUCAAUCCGCGUAGCAGGCUAUCCACUUGGGGGCGCAGCCUUCCCGUUCUUCUUGCUGCCAUUCUUCGAAUAUUUUGGACUUAAACUCACUUUCAUCAUCUUGUCAGCCUUGUUCGCGCAACUUGCCGUGUUUGUAUUCUUAAUUAGACCAUUUUCAACGCACGUAAAAAUGGCUGAAGUCAAAAAAUCGCGAAAGGAGAAGGCAAGUAAAAGCAUCUCAAAUGGGGCAGUUGCAAUGGACGAUUCAAAACUAUCGCAAGAAAAGCCAAUAAAGGCCAAAAAAUUUGAUUUGAAACUAUUUUUGAAUCCUAUUUACUUGACUCAUAUUGGCAUGAUAGUGGGAUUUUCAGCUGCUCUUCCUCACGCCCAGUAUUUCGUGGCCGUUUACGGCAAAGCCAUCGGGUUCUCACUUGAACAAAACUCCAUCUUACUCGCGUACCAAGCGGUGCUUGACAGCUUCACCCGACUGCUUCUUGGCUACAUGCUCGACAAAAAAAUCUUCAAGAAGACGCACUGCUUCGUUGUGUGCCUGGUUGUGGCCGGCAUUGGUACAGCGAUGAUCCCAGCGUCUACCAACUUCUGGGUGGUGAUGUUCACAUUCAGCAUUUUCUCGCUCGGAAGCUCUGGCUACUUUGCCAACAUCAACGUCAUUCUCAUCGAUCAGUUCGGGGAACACAACGUGGCGUCCUCUUGGGGAUUCAUUCGUAUGAUCCAAGGAAUCCUGAACUUCUUGUACCCUCCACUACUGGGUUACUUGGUUGAUGUAACGGGCAGUUACUACUUGACUUUUUUGACCAUGGGCAUCGGACUAACGUGUGCAGGCCUGUCCAUCGCCUCGCAACCUCUAGUUGCCAGGGCUGCAAAGAUCGACAUGAUCUUUUACUGAGAGAUGAUUAGUGAAAUAUUCCCGAGGAUAUAACACGGAGAUCAUAUACCCAGGUGCCUCUGACAAGAAACCUGCGUAAAUUUCGUAACUUGACACAAAAAAUGUUCUGAUAUGAUUAUUUACUGAAUUAAAUUUAAAAAUUAUCCACAGAAAAUCAUGUUUGUUGGCAGGUGAAUUUGCCCUAAUGAGAUUUCGCAUCAAGAAUUCCAAAGCAAAUAUUUUGAUUAAUUAAAAAAGGACUUGAGUAAAUUGUAAA